AUGUUCGCAAAGAAUAUCGAGGAGCAUUCAAAUUGCGAGCGCAGGAAAUACCCCCCUACCUACGAUCCUCCAGACUCUAAUGAAGAUAUUAUUGGUGAUCCCAUCGCUGCCAAAAUCUUUCCGACCGUUCGUAAAUGGCGGACAGAAAGCCCGGGGGAAUUCGAUUGCAGUGGGGGGUUCUGUCAGUCCGGCGAAGGAGAGGGACCUUGUUGCCCCAUUCUACCACUACAUGAGCGGAAAAUGUCUGCCUUUUGUAGGCAAUAUGUAUAUGGUGAAUGCUACCACUUCUAUACGGGGCAAUCGCCUGGAUACUUCAAUAUGGAGCUAAUGAAGACUUUGGUUUUAUAUGGAGAGAUGGAACCGCUUCUUCGUGCUUGUGCACACCCGGAUGUGGCGAUUAAGGGCUGGCAUAACAUUGAUGAAUGCGGCUGUAAUCCUGUGACUGACCGUGCUAUCCAGGGAUAUGAGCUCGGAUGGAAUCAAAUAUACCUGAAAGCACUGAGGACAUACAUCGGUUUAAAUGCUAUAUACUCAUUUCCUGAAACAUGGGACGUUGCUUCCGGACGAUCUGAAGAGCGAGACUAUCGAAACACCAAAUUAUACCAGAUCUUAGUCCGGAACUCCAUAAUUCAUCGUGUCUCACCAGUGGUGGUAUAUCCACACCGCCAGAUGCUUGCAACCGAGCCUCCGCAUGACUACAAGUCCCCGCGGUUCCUCGACGACGAAUCAUUAUAUGGUCGAAUUCCAUAUCAUGAUUUUCUUCUCCAUCAUCACCUUAAUCGCGAAGAAUUCCAAUAUGAUCCAGACAACGAUGAUAUUUUUGAAGUCCACUCUAUCCUACGUUCAAUGGGGCUUCCAGCUGAGCUGUCAAUAGAGAUAUUAGAUUUUGCUGACUACUCACCAAAGGGAAGAGUGAAAAUUCCUCAUGAUCCAUUCCAUCCUGAGAACCGCGAGAGAUUGGCGAAAUAUCUCAGAUACUGCUGGCAAUUACUAGUUCGCUGUGAUAUGUUGAUCAGAGAGCUUGGAAUGAAUAUUGAUUGGGCGCAAGAGGUGACUCGGUGCAUGGGUGAGGACCUUUGGACCCCAAAAGAUGCACCCCGUGGGCAAUUGAUUCGAUACACUUAUAUUGAUGAUUAUAAUGACUAUCGAUAUGUGUUUAAAUAG